ACGUUUACAAUCCCUUUAAUAUUGUCAUUGGUUUCAGACAACUGUUUAAUGAAAGUAUAAGUAUGGAGAAACAAGGUUUGGUUGAAGGUUAGAAGAUAUGCUUCUCUCUUCCAUCCUUCUCCUGAUCCUUCAUAAUACUGGAGCUGCCAGGCUCAAACCUGAUCAUCAUCAAACUAAGCUAUUCAACAAUGAAUUGAAGAGAAGGAACAACCCUGAUGGAGAAUGGAGAAGAGGAGAGGACGGGAUAAAUGGAUUGUACUCUAGACUCUUGAAUCAGCAGGAAGAGGAGGAUGAGGAAGAGAGGAGGGACGAGGAGGAACGAUCUGCCUCAUCCCGGUUGAAUUGGACCCAGUGCUCCCAUGGGUUCUGCAUUGACAAGAACUACAACAAGAUGGAUCUUCCUCCACCAAAUUUUGGCAGCAAUCUUGUUCAGAUAGUUUUAGAACCACAUGUUAUAGAAAUUUUUAAGGUGGAUGCUAAAGAGUCAAGUAUAACUCUCUCCAUGUAUCUGGGUGUACGGUGGGAGGAUGGUAGAAUAGCUAAUCUGAAUGCAACUAUAGAAGACCUACAGGGUGUAGAACUCUCCUUUCUGAAGCAUCUAUGGCGUCCUGAUAUCGAGAUGCAUCAUAUUAGGCAUAUUCAGGAACCUAAGAUGUUAGGAGAAUAUGUUGCUGGAAUUCAAAUAAAUAGAGGCAAAAAAAGGACAGUUUUCUAUUCUCAGGUUCUGGUCACGACAAUUACUUGUCCCAUGAGGUUCAGCUCUUUUCCAUUUGACAAUCACAAAUGUCCUUUUCUCUUUGGAUCGUUCACUUAUGAUCAUUCCUUCCUUGAAUCAUCAGCUGAUAUCACCUUUCUCACGAGGGUGUAUCAGCAGAACACAAACCUGGAUUAUGAUAUUGAGUUUGAGGAGAUGAACCAUGACCAGGAGGAAAUUGCUUAUAUUAAAAACGAACAAAAUAGAAUCCAUCUUUAUGAUAAUGGAAGGUUGGGUAACCUCUCACUAGCAGGGUUUAAGCUGAGGAUAUAUCGGCACUAUUAUAAACAUCUACUGGUUUACUAUCUUCCUUCUUCUCUUUUCGUAAUCGUCUCCUGGGCUUCAUUUGUCAUUCCUCCAGAGGUGGUUGCUGGAAGAAUGGGACUCCUAAUUACAAUCCUCCUUUGCUUAGUCAACAUUUUCAAUUCUGCAAAUGAAAUCUCUCCAAAUGUUAAGGUGCCAGUACAGGGUGUAACAGCUUUGUCCCUGUGGGUCCUCGCCUGCCUCCUGUUUGUAUUUAGCUCCGUUGUGUCCUACACAGCAAUCCUUAGUUUAGGACUAAUUAAAGUCCUCAGGUGCAGGACAUCUAAUCAGCAGUUUGAAAAUACUCAACUCUGGAAGGAAAAUAUAAUUGGUCGGCCAGCUAUGCAGGUUAGAUUUAAUCAUACAGUGGUUACCAGAUCAAACUGGAAUAUUUACAGGGUGUCUAAAAACACAGUGGUUGUUGCUAGAGAAGGUUCUAAAUCACAAGUUGAAAGUUGA